GCCGUCGACUGCUCCUGUCUGGCGGCGGCAGCAUGGCGGCGGGGGCGGCCGAGGCGGCCGAGGCGGCGGCGGCGGUGGUGGAGGUCGGCUCUGCCCGGCAGUUUGAGGAGCUGCUGCGCCUCAAAGCCAAAUCCCUCCUUGUGGUCCACUUCUGGGCACCAUGGGCUCCCCAGUGCGCGCAGAUGAACGACGUCAUGGCAGAGCUGGCUAAAGAGCACCUGCAGGUGUCAUUUGUCAAGUUGGAAGCUGAAGCUGUUCCUGAAGUGUCUGAGAAAUACGAGAUUAGUUCUGUUCCCACCUUUCUGUUUUUCAAGAAUUCUCAGAAAAUUGACCGGUUAGAUGGCGCACAUGCUCCAGAACUGACCAGAAAAGUUCAGCGGCAUGCGGCCAGCGGCUCCUUCCCACCCAGCACUAGUGAGCAGCCCAAGGAAGAGCUCAGUGUUCGCCUGAAGAAGUUGACUCAUGCUGCCCCCUGCAUGCUGUUCAUGAAAGGAACCCCGCAAGAACCACGCUGUGGUUUCAGCAAGCAGAUGGUGGAGAUCCUUCACAAACACAACAUUCAGUUUAGCAGUUUCGAUAUCUUCUCGGACGAAGAAGUGCGGCAGGGCCUCAAAGCCUACUCCAACUGGCCUACGUAUCCUCAGCUCUACGUUUCCGGGGAGCUCAUAGGAGGGCUGGAUAUAAUUAAGGAGCUAGAAGCGUCAAAUGAACUAGAUACAAUUUGCCCAAAAGCUCCCAAGUUAGAGGAAAGGCUCAAAGUGCUGACAAAUAAAGCUGCUGUGAUGCUCUUUAUGAAAGGAAACAAACAGGAAGCAAAAUGUGGAUUCAGCAAACAAAUUCUGGAAAUACUAAAUAGUACUGGUAUUGAAUAUGAAACCUUCGACAUACUGGAGGAUGAAGAAGUUCGGCAAGGGUUGAAAGCGUACUCCAACUGGCCGACGUACCCUCAGCUCUACGUGAAGGGAGAGCUUGUGGGAGGACUGGAUAUUGUUAAGGAACUGAAAGAAAAUGGUGAAUUGCUGCCUAUCCUGAGAGGAGAGAACUGACAGGCGAAGCUGAUGUCCGAUGGUGCCAGGAGUCUACGGUGGAGCAGUUCAUGACUUAGUCCUCAGAAGUGGACUAGGAACAAGAAGACGCUGCUUACCCAGUUACACUUUGUGUAUUCCACAGGGCCAUGCUAAAGAAAUGUAUGUUACGUUUUUUCCACCAAAAAUAGAACGCAAUAAACAUCUUCAGAUUCAGUUAAAA